GCCCUCCCUCUCCCGAAGACGACGCGCGCGCUGACGUACGACGCGCACGGCUCCCCGACGCGCGCGCUGACGCUCGCGCGCGACCUCCCGCUUCCGCCGCUCGGCGCGAGAGGCGCGCUCGUCCGAUGGCUCGCGGCGCCGGUGAACCCCGCGGAUCUGAACGUCGUCGAGGGCGUCUACCCGCUUCGUCCCGCGUCCUUCCCCGCCGUGGGCGGGAACGAGGGCGUCGGCGUCGUCGUCCGCCUCGCCGCCGACGCGGGGGACGUCGUCGUGGAGGUCGGCGACGUCGUCGUCCCCGCCGCGCCAGGCCCGGGCGGCGUCGGCGGCACGUGGAGGGAGUGGGCCGUCGUCGACGCGUCGCGUCUGCGCGUCGCGCCGAGCGACCUGCCGCUCGCGGAGACGGCGCAGAUGAGCGUGAACCCGCCGACGGCGUUCCGCAUGCUCCACGACUUCGUGCCGAUGCCGCGUCUUCGCGACGACGACGACGACGACGCGAAUCUCCACGCGGUCGCGCUGAACGCGCCGACGUCCGCGGUGGGCCGCGCCGCGAUACAGCUGUGCGCGAUGUACGGCGUCCCGAGCGUCGCGUUGCUAAGACCGCGCGCCGCGGAGACCGAAUACGACGCGGACGCGCGCGAGCUGAAGCGACUCGGCGCGAGCGUCGUGAUUAGGGACGACGGCGCCGCGCACAGGGACCGCGAGACGCGCGAGCUGUUGGCGUCCUUGCCGCCGAUCAAGCUGGCGCUCAACGGCGUCGGCGGCGCGUCGUCCAGGUCGCUCGCGUCGCUGUUGGCGCCGCGCGGCGUCGUCGUGACGUACGGCGGUAUGGGUCGGAAGCCCGUGGAGAUUCCCGUCGGGAAGUCGAUCUUCGAGGACAUCGAGCAUCGCGGGUUCUGGCUCACGCGGUGGCUCAGGGACGAAGAGGCGGCGCGGAGGAGG